AUGCCGCGCUGUCUUAUGGCCAAGAAGUUCAAGGCCUACGCCUGGCCGACGGAGCGCACCGACGCCGUCGAGGACGACGACGAGGAGAUCGACGUCGUCGGGGACUCGCCGGCGGCGGCGGCGGGCUCCUGCUGGGCGCCAUCCAGCCCCACGGAGGGGGCCACGGCGCCCAGCCCGCCGCCCACAUCGCCGCACGGCACCACUCUACUCUACAACGGUUAUCUUCAAGAAAUUUCGCCGUCGAGUUACGCCACGUUCGUGCCGAAAUCUGACCUAGCCGCGGGCCCGGCCCAGCCGUCGUACAUCACGCUGCGCAGCGCCGACGAAACGGACGAGUACGCCGCCCAAGCGGCGCCCCAGCGACCGAGAAAAUCCCUGGCGAUGACCUACACGAGCACCGGCACGGCGCUCAGCCUGCCGCCCAAGAAGAAGGACAUCUACCGGCCGUACUCGCUCGACGACAAACCGCCGCCGCCGUUCUUCCACCACGCGAUCCGCGUGCCCGCCGAGGAGGACCUGCACGCCGCCCACGCCAUACUCGAUCUGAGCGCCUCGACCACCGUGUUCCUGCCGCCGCCGCCGCAGCUCCACGUCCAGGACCAGCACCAGCCCGACCAGCAGGACGCCCAGCCGGUCAGAACGGUCACGCCGACGUUGAAACCGGCGAAGACGGUCGCUUACACCUACGAAGCGUUCUUCGUGAGCGACGGUCGGUCGAAGAAGCGGCUCGAUCCGGACGAUCCGGCUACAGUGGUGCCCGUCAAAACGCCGCCGGAUAAACCCAAGUACACCUGCAGCGAAUGCGGUAAGCAAUACGCCACCUCCAGCAAUCUAUCCAGGCACAAGCAGACCCACAGGAGCCUGGACUCGCAGGCGGCUAAGAAGUGCAUGACCUGCGGCAAGGCGUACGUCAGCAUGCCCGCCUUGGCGAUGCACGUGCUGACGCACAAGCUGGCCCACAGGUGUGGCGUCUGCGGCAAGCAGUUCUCCAGGCCGUGGCUGUUGCAGGGCCACCUCAGGUCGCACACGGGGGAGAAGCCCUACGGGUGCGCCCACUGCGGCAAGGCCUUCGCUGAUAGAUCGAACCUGCGGGCGCACAUGCAGACGCACUCGGCGGACAAGAACUUCGAGUGUCCGAGGUGCAGGAAGACGUUCGCGCUGAAGAGCUAUUUGAACAAACAUCUGGAGUCGGCGUGUUUGAAGGAUGAGGCUGGUGGUAAGGAUGACUCGGAGGCGGCGCUGGCGGCGCCGGUGCCGGUCAGAGUCUACGCUGGAUGAGUUAACUUUCGAGGCCUCUUUCUAUCGUUUCGUCUAGUCAGCUUUCUAGUCUAUUUCCGGUUAGUUUAGUUUCGGCGGAGUCGCGCUGUUUUAGAUUAGAAGUUAAUCGUUUCGUUUCGAUUCGUUUUUGAUUUAUCGAUAAACUAACGCCCCUUGUACAUAAUAUCCCCUCCAAAAAAAAUAACAAAAAAGAAGAGAUAAACACAUCGAAACACGUCCACUAAUUUAGGUUUAGUAAGUAAGCUCUACCUUUUAGACUACUAUCAAAGGGAUGUAUAUAGAAAGCAGUUUAUUACAGGCACCGUUACUAUUUUAUUUUGUUUUGCUAACGGUUAAGGGCAUCGAUCGAAGGAGGCUUUUUGCGCGGAAAAGCGGAAAGUCGAUGUUCUAAAAGCACGUCGGAAUUGAAAAGCGCUCGCUACGAUUUACUGACUUAAACGUUUUAACAUUUCAUGCAGAAUUCACAUUCACACGCGAAUUUAAUUUACGCGCAAUGUUCCUACCGAUCUUAAUUUUCCCAAAAUCGAAACAAAAAAAAAGUCUUCCAACCCGACGCCGAAACGUACCUACAACAGGACGGAAAAAAUGAAACCGGCGAAUGUAAAUCUCUCGGAGAGAAUUAACUCGUCGAAUCGAACUCGGCGUAAUUUAUGCAAACUUAUUCGAAUAACUCCUUCCUGCGAUCGAAGCCUUUAAACGAAACAUCUCAACCAUUUUCGAGGUUCUCUAAGAACGCGAAGGCAACGUUUCGAAAACAACGAACUUAUGCAAAUACCUAGUGUUAUAUAAACAUAUUUUAGAUUAAGAAAGGAUUUAAAGUGUUACCGUUCCUCGCCCUUUUUAAAAUUAACUCGCAUUUUCCUAUCCCGAGCCUUAGAUUAUUAAUACAAGUUUUACUUGCUGAUUUUAUCGCGCAAUCGCCCCGACUAUUACAGGAACGUGUCUACUGCACGCUUUUGUUUCUAUAUCAAAAAAAAAACAUACGUCAAUUAAAACUGCAAUAUUUAUAAUAUUUUAAUAUAUUCUUUAAAGGGAGAAAAGAAAUUAAUCAAAUUAACUGCAUAUGAUGUGUUGGUUUCGUGCAGUUGGUACAUUCCGUAUUAGUCCGAAGGGAAAAUCGAAAAAAAAAUGUACAUGAGCAACGCGAAAUUUCAAUUUGAAUUGAUAGUCAAAAAAAACGUAUCUAGUCCUUGUUGUUUCUAGUCAAUUAUUCGUUUCAAUUAUAAUUUAUUCAACUAGUAAUUAAUUUAAAAAGUGAGUUCGUUUCGAUACUACUUACUUUAAAUAAAUUGUAUAAAAGCAAAUAUACCUUAUACAAAAAAAAAGAAUACGAAGCAUAGUUUUUGGGCAGUAUUUUUGCAAGUAUUUAUUACAAAAUAUAUUUAUUAAAGUAACCAGACUAAUCGAUGAACGAGAACUGAAUGAUUGGAUGUUCGAAUUGUUGAUCGGGCGACUUACUUAUAUCGGUAAAUUCGCCGGAAAAGCUGAAACCGACGGAAAUAUAUGCAGGAAUUUAAUCGUCGAAGACGCGACAUCGACCGAUUCGCAUCGAAAAUCCGACUUUUCUUUAGAAAAUUAGCGAAUUUGCGAGACUUUCGAACGCGAAUCGGGCCGAUGGUCUUCGACGAAUUAGUCAACUAGUCGCUAUUAUUAGUGUUAAGCAUCAUCAGCCGCGCUAUUAAUGAACAAACCGAGUAAUUAUACGUUGCAUAUAUUUCCCGAAAAUAGUGUAAAAAAUUAUUGAAUUUUAGGGCCAGUGCAAUGGGCCCGAGCGCUGAGCCGAGGCGAGUGUGUUUCUAGUCAUUUAGCCAAUAUCAGUAGUGCCGGGCCAUUAAGGGAUCGAUAAUCACGACUAAAAUAUAACCAAUUUUCCAAAAAUUUGUGCCUUAGUUUCGAAUAUUCAACCAAAAAAAAAACAACGAAGAAUCUUAAAAUUUAUAAUACCAAAAGUUACUUGAAAUAUUACAAUGAUUUUUAUGUUAAAUCAGUUUCUUUCUCAUAUAAAACUAAUUAUUAAUCGGGCCUGAAAAAUUAUUUCUUCCAUAAUAUUCAUCGUGAUUACUCGACCCCCGUCCAAAUAGAGUAGAACUGAGCACAUGUACAGUAUAGAGUGAGUGCAAAUUAGAGAAUAGGAGUUAUUUAUUUGAAAAAAUAUAUAUAGUUUAUAUUGAACCAUUUUCUGGCAAUAUUUUCCGGGGAAACUACCCGAACUCGCGAUAUUCAUUAAGCAAUAAUCUACAACAAAUUAUACAUUAAAUGUGUAAGGCAAGUUGAAUGUUUUUUGUAAUCACAACGAAAUUCUUUAUUCUCGCGAUGGCAAUUUUAGCGGCAUUAAAUUGUCAAUUAAUUGUUAUUGUUCAAAUGUGAUGCGUGAAUACAACGAAAUCGCGAUUGAUUGCUCGAAGCGGAUUCGCGCUAAUUUUCCCAUCGUGAAAAUAUGUUGUUUAUACGACGAAUUUUUAUCACAAAUUUGUAUACCUAAAGCAAUAUACCUGUAAUUCGACAACGAAUGUCAUAAACGUAAAAGCAAUAUGUA